AUGGAAGAGAACACUCUCCGCGACUACUUUGAGAAGAGGUACCGUCAGGGCCACUUCUUCGAGAGGGGGGACUACGACUUCCUGCCGGACUGCUGGUGCUGGGAGCAUCGUCGCACCGGCAUCCGAGUCUGGGCCGAUGCCCUCGACCUGUCGAUGGGCCAGCCGGACAGUCGAGUAGUGUUUCAUUACACCAGCGAGCUGACUUUUCGAGAAGUCACGUCUGAAGAGAAACCAGCAGCUGAAGUUUGGGCCACAAUGAAAAGCGACCCUGGCACUGCCUGGUUCGGAUCCGGCCUCUAUACGGUGCCAAAGGCUCCGGACGAGUGGAAGGAUCGAGCAGAACUGCUGGACAACAAUUUCCGCAACCUCAUGAAGAAAGACCAGAACAACGACGAGAAGGGUGAAGACUACGUCAAGAAGGCCUAUCCUCAUCGAGUCUCGUGUUGCAUUCCCAUUCUGGUGGCUCCUGCAAACACCUACGAUGUGUCCAAAGUCCAGACGCCCGAGAUGAAGAAGGCGGGCAGAGCCCCUGGAAGGAAUCUCAGGGGUGUUUCGUUGAACAAGCCUGGCACCGUCCCGCGGACCUGUGUCGUCAUCCAGUUUGCGGAUGGCGAUGAGGCUGUGCGAAUAGCCCUGGCACGUCUGCUAGAUACGCUGCAGCUGCGUGCGCGCGCCAUCGCAAAGCGAAAGGGCGAGCGGCAUUUGACAACCCUCCUGGCCAGGGCUAGGCUCGGCGCAUCUCUGCGCAGCCGUGGGAUGCUCUUUGAGGCGGAGGUGGCCCUGCGCGAGGUGCUGGAAGGCUACGAGCAGCAACUUGGGCCAGUGCAUCCCAGGACUCUCGGCGCCGUAGAUGCCUGGGCAAAGUUGCUCCACGCGAAGGGGGAGCUCGAAGAGUCCAAGAAGUCCUAUCGCCGUCUCGUUCGCGACGCCCGCAAGAAGCUGGGCGCAGCGCACCCCGACACGCUCGCGUACACAGACGGCUUUGGCAUGUUGCUACACCGCAACGGCGAUCUCUUGGAAGCAGAAGAGCUGCUAAAGAAAGCCUUUCGAGGCCGCGAGGAACUGUUGGGCCCUGCCCACCCCGACACUCAAGAAUCGCUUCGGCACGUCUCCAGCCUGCUCAAGGACCUUGGGGAGCUGAUGGAAGCGGAGAAGCUUCACACUGGAGCAGUGAGCGGCAGUGAGAAGCGGUGGGGCGCCUGGCACCCAUGGACACUACACGCACUUCUCGACCUCGGCGAUCUCCUGCACAGGAGGGGGAAGGUCUUCAAAGCAGCCGAGCGCUGGCGGCAAGCUCUGUCCGGGCUCGAGGACCAGUUGGGCUGCAUGCAUCCGGACACCAUCAGCACCGUGACGCGCCUGGCGCGGAUCGCCCAGGAGCAGGGCCGCUUGACCGAGUCGGAGGACUACUUCCGCCGGGCUCUGCAGGCUGGAGAAGACCAGUUUGGUGCCUCCCAUCCGGCAACGCUGAACGCAGCCCUGGACCUGAGCACCUUCCUGCGGAGCAUCGGCAAGCUUGCGAAGGCUCUGAGUAUCACCACCACCUUGGCCACGAAGCUUCAGGCCCUAGGAAAGCUGGAGCGAGCCGAGGAGUUCUCGCGCAGCGCCAUCCGCCGUUGCGAGGAACAGCUAGGAGCUGCGCACCCCUCUUGCUUGUCCUUGGUGUCGCACCUCGCGCUACUGCUCCAGAACCAAGAGAACGUGAUGGAAGCCGAAGUGCUACAUCGGCAAGCGCUCAGAGGGCGAGAGAAGGUCCUGGGCCCUUCCCACCUGGAUACGCUCAUCUCAAGCAGCCACCUCGGCUACGUCAUCCAACUACAGGGCCGGUUGCCAGAGGCCGAAAAGUUGCAGCGCCGUGCCCUACAGGGCAUCGAGGAGCAGCUCGACUACUCUCAUGCCUCGACGCUGAUGUCCGUGCACUACCUGGGCUGUCUCCUCCAUGCUCUGGGGCGGCUGGCGGAGUCCGAGAAGUUCUUGAAGAGAGCCCUUCGCGGUCGGGAAAAGCAGCUCGGACCCGUGCACAUCGACACGCUGAGUACUGUGCAAGAGCUGGCGGCACUGUUGAAGGAUCAGGGCAGAACUGGCGAGGCUGAGAUGAUGCAGCGCCGCGCGGCGCAGGAUCGGCAGAAGCAUCUGGGAGCCACGCAUCCGCACAGCCUCGCCUCCGCCUGGAAACUGGCGACGAUGCUGCGCGAGCAGAACAAGCUGGAAGAGGCUUUUGGCUGCACCAGCUCACUGGCGAAAGUCUUGCAGGAGGUUCGCUGCCCGGAGUCGCCCGAGCCCGGGGGGACCAUGCGAUUCGAGAAGACGGAGGUCUGCUGCGCCAACGUGGACACGCUUACGGCAGCCCUGGUGCUUGGAGAUGCUUGUGCCCUGAACUUCGCCAAUGCCGACAUUCCGGGCGGCCGGUACCGGAGCGGCGGGUUGGCGCAGGAGGAAGACCUUUGCCGUUUGCUGCCGCAGCUCUACCCCGCGUUAAAAGCUGCGCCUUACCCGAUUGUCCCGGGUACCGCUCUGAUCACCCGAGACUUGCUGGCGGUGAGGCAGCCGGGCACCUACGCGCCCUGUGCCAGUCUGGGAUCUCUCACAGUGCUGUCCGCCGCCAUGCCCUGCGGCGCCGCCGACCGGCGUCCCAAGGGAGGCUGGGCAGGGUCGCCCUGGGCGGUGGAUGUGACGCUGCGCAUCCGCUCGGUGCUCUUUGCCGCCCAGCAGUCGGGCCACGCCAACCUGGUCCUGGGCGCCUUCGGAUGUGGGGCCUUCGGGAACCCUGCGCGGCCGACUGCCGCUAUUUUCCGGGAGCUGCUGUCGUCCCAGGAGUUCCGAGGGGCCUUUGAGAAGGUGGUGUUUGCCAUCAUCGACCCGGUGGGCACUGGCAACCUGAAGCCGUUUCGCGAGGAGAUGGCCCUGAUUGCCGAGCGGCCUAUGCCGAGCCGGCCUUCGGAGACCGGCGCGAAGGAGCCGAAGGCUGCCGAGCCAGCGCCCGAGCUGCCUGGGGAGUCCGGAGCCGUGGCUUCGACGGACGAAGGGCACCUGGCGACAGCUGAGCAACUCCUGCGGCGCGCGCGUUCCGAGGCUUCCGAGAAGAUGGGCGGCAUGCAUCCCUCCGUGAUGACAACUACAAUGCAGCUGGCGGAGAUUGUCUGCACGCAGGGUAGAAUUGACGAGGCAAGAGAACUCUGGAAGCAGGUGCUGAGUGGACGUGAGGUGCAUCUGGGCCCUACCCACCCCGACUCCCUGGCGACGCUGACGCGCUUGGGCGUGCUGCUUGUCGACCAGGUGGAGCUACCUGAAGCGGAGACGCUGCUGAAGAAAGCCCUUGAAGGCUACAAAGUUCAAGAGCCUCCAAACCCGGCAUCCUGGCGAGACGUCGCUGUACGGAUCGUGGCGUUGCUGAAAGCCAAGGCGAAGUACGUCGAUGCCGAGGAGCUGUGCAGAAAAGUGCUGGAAAGCAAGGAGAAGGACCUGGGCAAGGGGCGUCUGGAGACCCUUCGAACUGCCGAGGAGUUGGCCGUGAUCCUGCGCCUCCAGGGUCGAUUGCCCGAGGCGGAGCAGCUCAGCCGCAGGUGCAUGCAAGGCUACGAGCGUCUCGGCAUCUCGGACGCCGAAGCGACGGAGCGGCUGACGCAGCUGGGCUUGCUGCUCCAGGAACAGGGUCAACUGGAGGAGGCUGAGGAGCUGCAGCGGCGGGCCCUGAAGGAGCGCGAAAAGCUGCUCUGCGAAUCACAUCCCCUCACGCUGGCCUGUUGCAGCCGUCUUGCCUCCGUCCUGCAGGCCCAGGCGAAGCUGGUGGAGGCAGAGGAUCUCGGGCGCCGGGCGCUGCUCGGUGGGGAGAAGGAGUUUGGCCAGGUGCAUCCCGAGACCCUGACCUAUGUCAACACGUUGGCAAAGGUCCUCCAGGCACAGAACAAGGUUGAUGAGGCGGAGCUCUUGCAAGAGCGCAUGAUGCAGGACAGCACUUUGACCUCCCUCAGCCAGCUUGGCACACUCCUCCACGAGCGCGGCAAGCUCUCCGAGGCGGAGACGCUCCACCGGCGCGUCCUGCGGGAGCGGCGCAAGCUGGAUCCAAACCACACAGAGACUCUGAACACCGCCUGCGCGCUGGCUUCGGUGCUGCGGGAUCAGGGCGAAUGGGCAGAGGCAGAGGACCUCUAUCGCGAAGCCUUAGAAGGCUAUGAGAAGCUGGACCGCUUCAGUGCCAGUAUCGCCACAACGGCCACAACCCUGGCUUCGCUCCUGGAUAGCCAGGGCAAGCACGAAGAGGCCGAGGAUCUGCUCCGCCAAGUGCUGGAGGGCCGGGAGGAGACCUUAGGCGAGUCGCAUCUGCAGACCCUCCGGACGGUGCAGCAUCUUGCGCGGCAUCUUCGGGCUCAGAAGCGGCGCAGCGAGUCAGAGGAUGGAGCGAGUUUAGCUAGGGUUUAA